UUUCGUUGUGGACUUGAGACAAAUGCGACUUACAUUUUGGUUUGGAAACACAUGCAGUAACUUGCCAAUAGCAAACAAAACAUCAAUAACAUGAAAUAAGUAUUAGAAAGACAUUUUUCGCCAGGGACAUAGCAUUAUCGUUUUGAGCAUUUCGAUAUCAUUUUGAGCUAAAUUACUCAUUUAGUAACGAACAUGGAAGAAGAAGAACCACUUUCCCCGAUUAGCGCAUGGGUUUAUCGACAGCUAGAAGGUCGUGAAACACUAAAAUGGCUUGUAUCUCACGUCUUUAUAUAUGUGGGUAUGGUGGUACUCAUAUGUGGAUACUGUAUAAUUGGUGCGUUCACAUUUCAAUACUUGGAAAACAGUGCCAUUCACGAAAAAAGAGCAAAAGAGGGAAAAACGAAUUGCUGGGAAGAUCUGAAAGCGGAAGUAUUAUCUAACCGAACGCUAGUGCUUCACCAGUUAUACAACAGAACUUACGAGGAAAUUCUGUCUUCCCAUGCUCAGACCAGCAUGAAGGAUCAGACGGACAAGGAGUUGCAGGACAAGCUGGAUAAGUGGCUGUUCUCGGUGAAGAAGAUUGUGCUGACCUACGAGGAUUUCCUCGAAAGUCAUCAGGAGAGAAAGGCGCACUGCAAGGAGGAGCUGGCCGUCGGGGAUGACUGGGAAUUUCAGACCGCUCUUCUCUUCGCCUCCACGGUCGUAACAACAAUCGGAUACGGUAACCGGACGCCGCAAAGCUGGCGCGGCCGUCUGUGCACCCUUCUCUAUGCCAUGCUGGGCGUUCCUCUGAUGCUCUUCUGUCUGAGAACCCUCGGUCGAAGCAUCGGCCACGGCCUGGAUAUGCUCUACAACAUGGCUCGCGAUUACGCGGCACGUCUGCGCGGGACCGACUCUGAUGAUGAGAGUGAAGAAGGGUACGCCUCACCGAUGGCCCACCCUCACCAGGACUCGGACGCGGCGGCGCUGCCUUCCAUUGCGCUGACGUCCGAGUCUGCGGCGGACAAUCCGCGACUGCUGGCAGCUCCGGACGGGGCGGACGGCGCCGGGUCGCCCGGUCAGGACCAACACCGCGGCUCACACUCCCGAGAACAGGCGGUGAAACCGUCCGCGCGCGCCCUGCGCAUCCCUCUGGCCGUGGUGUUCCUCAUCACGACCCUCUACAGCGCCAUCGGCGCCGCGCUCUUCUCUCACUACGAGCGCUGGUCCUAUCUGGAUGGUUUCUACUUCACGUUCAUCACUCUCUCCACCAUCGGCUUCGGCGACCUGGUGCCGCGUGUGCUGACUGACGAGCAGCCCGACUACCACGGCACCCCCAGCUGGUGGGUAGAGACCUCCUACGUGCUUUACGUCAUGGUCGGCCUCACCGUCAUCCAGAUGUCGUUCGAGCUGACGCGCGAGACCAUCAACCAGCAGUUCUAUGACCUGGGCCGCUCGGUGGGCGUGCUAGACAGAGAGCACAGCCACGCCAAGAGGGAGGCGCGGAGAGAGUCGCGGAGACAGUCGCGCAGGGAGUCGCGCAGACCGACGUAUGACAGAAGAAAGAGCAGCCGGAGACACCGAGAUGAUAGCACUCCGGGCGGUCUCCUCAAGCCCCCGUUUAGUGGAGGUCGCCUCAGCUCUCUCGGGGGCGGCUCUCGCUCUCCCAGUAUGCGAUCAGCUGAGAUGGGCCCGGCUUCUAACGACAGUGCCGGUUCGGCACCCCCAACGGAGAGACCCCGCUCAGCGCGACCCCGCAGACCUGAUCAUGGACCAGAUUGAUCACACCUGCCCUGGCUCAAUCCUUGUUAUGAUCGCUGGGUGAAAAGGAAGCUCACAAUGCAUGACUUCGGCGCCCUCGUCAACCGCUCUGGCGCAAGUGAAACGUCAGUCUGCGUCCACUGCUCAGCUGUUUUUACCUGAAUCUACACCAUCAGAGGCUAGCCAGUGACUGGCUGGUCCGUUUUAGUCCAGUGACAAUAUCGGACCGCCAGCCGUCAGCAGUGGCUGGCCUCGCUCUGUCGAUCGGUGCCAAAGAGGCGCCGUGAGGGUUUGGACGUCGAUGUAAGCCGCAGCGUGACCGGGCCCGCUUCUAGCGAAUGUGACGCCAACUGAGGACGGGUCACGGUGGUAUAAUGGAUAUUACACUGCAAUGUGGAAAGAUCUCGCUCAUUUUGUAUGAAAAUCGCCCUAAUUUACCAUCAAGGCAGAUAUUAGUGCGCUGGGCCAUCAAAGAUGGAUGCAAAUUGCCACUCCAGAGUUCGAGGAACUACACGGUUUAUUCAAAUGUGGGAGCGUCUUAUGGCACGGAACAGGCGUCCUGAUGCUGCCACCAUUAGCAAUGGAUGGGGACAGUGUAAUCAGCCGCAUGCACACACAUUAUAACUAAAUAGUUACCGAGGA